AUGGCAACGUUGGCCGAUGAAUUUCUCGCUGAUUUGGAGGACGAUGAAGAAGAUGUCAUCGAUGAGAUGGAGUUGGAAAACGCCCAGAGUUCUGGAGUUAAAAGCGAGCCCGGUGCUGUUAAGACGGAACCAGACGUAAAAAUGGAAAAUGUCCAGAGCAUCGACGACAUUGACUCGGUAACUAACCUCCUACAAUCAUCAGAAUUCCAUGAUUACAUGGCUCAAAUCAAGGAAAGAGUCGGUGAAAAUCCAAAGCCGUGGUUCGGUCUUAUUGAACAGAAUCCGGAGUAUCUUUUGGUUGUCAAAGCCAAUGAGCUCUGUUCUAAGAUUGAUGAUGAGAUUGCAGUUGUUCAUAAAUUCGUACAGGACAUGUACGCUGCGAGAUUUCCAGAGUUGCCAGAAACCAUCCCCGAGCCUUCUGUUUACCUUAAAACCGUGGCAAUUCUUGGAAACGACAUCGAAGCCGGGAUCAAAAAGCUCGGAGACGUCCUCUCCUCUCAGACAAUUCUUAUUGUAACUGUCACAGCGUCCACAACUUCAGGAGUCAAAAUAGAAGAAGAAAAACUCGGACCCCUUCGUCGAGGCUGCGAAGUAGGCACGCAACUUUGUGAAGCGAGAGAACUCAUCCUUGAAUUUGUCGAGUCCAGAAUGGAAUUCAUUGCCCCGAACGUCUGCCGCAUCGUGGGCCCUGGAAUCGCAGCGAAGGUGACUGCUCAAGCUGGUGGAAUGACGGCCUUGACGAAAAUGCCGGCUUGUAAUAUCAUGCUGCUGGGGAAAGAAAAGAAAUCAUUGCAGGGCUUCUCGAAACUCAACAUGUUGCCGAACACUGGAUUCGUCUUUUAUGCUAAACUUGUCCAAGAUCUGCCGCCUGAGUUUAGAAAGAAAGCUGCCAAAUUGGUCGCGUCCAAACUCACUCUUGCGGCACGGGUGGAUUGUUUUCACGAAGCCGAAGACGGCUCAGUCGGAAAGAAUCUGCUAGAGCAAAUUUAUGAAAAGUUCGACAAAUGGCAAGAGCCUCCACCAGUCAAGCAGACAAAGGCUUUGCCAGUUCCACUUGAAGCUCCACGCAAAAAGCGAGGAGGUCGCAGAGCCCGGAAGAUGAAAGAGCGAAUGGGCAUUACAGACAUGCGUAAAUUGGCAAAUCGAGUCAAUUUCGGCGAGAUCGAAGAUGACGUUAAUCAAAUGAACAUCGGCGAAGGUCUCGGCGCGCUCAACGCGAAGGGUGGUGCUAGCGGAAAAGUUAGAACCGCAGCCGUUGACAAGAAAACACAGGUCCGGAUUUCUAAAGCACUCCAGCAAAAACUCGCGAGAAACAACGCUGCGAUGAACUCAAGCGGCUUAGCUUCAGUUUUUCCAUCUGGAGGGAGGACAACUGUUGGAAGAGACAACGCAAAUGGUAUGGCAUCAUCAGUUGCGUUUACCCCACUCAAGGGACUCGAGAUCAUCAAUCCCAACGCCUGUGAAAAACGAGAAGAGUCAAACAAGUAUUUCUCUGAUGAAAGCGGUUUCACAUCGAUCAAGCCUAAAAUUUAA